UAGUAGGAGUAGUGGGAGUGGUAGUGGGAGUAUUGGUAAUGGUAGUGGGAGUAUUGGUAAUGGUAAUGGUAAUGGUAAUGGUAGUGGGAGCUCUGCUGGUGAUGGCGAUGGGUCGCGAACUAAAGGGACGAGGUCGAGGUUGGGGAAUGGGCAAGGGGGUUCUACUAGUGCGCGCAGCGAGGCGGACCAGGACAAUUCGGGAACGACAGCGGUGAUGACUGACUGGGAAAUGGUGCCGGGCAGGAUCUCCGUGGGCUCGGGGGCGGAUACCGAGAACAUCGCAUUCUCCUACUCCUACCUCGCCGAGGAUCGCCCAGGGCCCGUAGCCGACGGCGUGAAGUUCCAGGUGGUCGAGGUCCCCGGCGGCGGCAGCAUGCGGUGGGCGGCGGUCGGGAUGGGGAUGCGGCUGUGCUCGGUUGCGUCCGGCACGGUGCGCGUGUGGUUGUCGGAGCAGGACCAGUUCGCUAUCGGCCCCAAUGGCAUGUGGAAGGUCCGGCCGGGCGUGGCGUGCACCGUGCUAAAUCCUUCCCCCGUGGCGGCUGUGCUGCACGUUACGACGUUCGGGGAGCACGCGGUAUGAGGAUAUGGGGCCGGGGAGUUGAAGGAGCUCGGGGUUGUUGAUAUGGGGCCCCAACUCGGCGUUCCAGCACGGUGUUCCUACACAAUGACUCAGUUCAUGAUGAUGAGAGUUCAGACG